CUGUAUUACAUUGAACUUCAACGUCCUCCUAGCAAUCAGUUCAUAGCUAUAGACACAAUUAGUGCAUUUCGUCGAGACGGUUGAAUCUUGUUGAAUAUUUUUCGAAUAAUUUUGAGUCGUUUCGGCUAGAGGUUGGCCGGCCUCGUACAAACAAAACAAACAUUUUGUUCUCUACUUUUCUGCUAUCUGACAAUCUUUUGGAAAGGUGUCAUUUUAAGUUGUUUUUUUUAUUCAUUAACUUAUGUGCCAUCUUUGCACUGCUUCGGUAUAAGAUUUUAGAAUUGAAGUAAAUCGUGUUGUUGUUUCAUUCCUGAGUGAUAUCAUAUGUCAUUGCAAAAUUGCUUUUGAUUUCUGAAAGAAUUUGCUCCGCUCUGCUUUUGCUUAAUGAUGGACGCUACUACUAGUAGCUUUUGUGAUUGCGAAUCGGACUUGGACAAUGUUAAAUGCCAUUGUGGAGAAGAGUUUGAUGCUAAUGAAUGGUGGUGGGAGCAUGCUCCAUGUGACUCUACUGUCAGGCUAAGCUGCAACGAACGGGAAGUGCUUUUUAACCCUGUUUACAGUGUGGGUACAGCAGCUGUCAGGGGUACUAUGCCAUUAAUUCAAGGAAGGCAAUAUCUGUGGGAAAUCAAGAUGCUCUCAUCUAUUCAUGGUACAGAUGUGGUUGUUGGCAUUGGCACAGCUCAUGUUGAUCUCGCUGCUCACAGCCGAAAGUUUAUUGCCCUUUUGGGUAAUGAUGCAGAAUCAUGGGGCUAUUCGUACAAGGGAGAUAUCAUUCAUGGCGGAAGCCGUGAGCCUUAUGGUCCAACUUUUGGGAAAGGAAGCAUUGUUGGAGUGCAUCUUAAUAUGUGGACAGGAACAUUGGAGUUUUAUUUAAAUAGACAACGCUUAGGUGUGGCUUUUAAAAUACCGAAGAAUCAGAUUCUGUUUCCAAUGAUCUGUUCCACGAUGGGGAAUUCAGCUGUUAGACUAGUAACUACUAUGUCUUGGGCAGCUUCACUUGAAUUAACAUGUUUGCAGUCUAUUUCAUCAAUGCCAUCACUUUCUGAUAUACCAGGGUUAAAGGCGAUAUGGGGUAGGACAUUCUGGUGGCAGCAGGCAACAGAGAUAAAGAAAAAGUCUGAAGAACCUCAGUCAACUGAAGCAAACUAUGAGUUAGAAAUCAUCAGUAGUGGUGAGGAAGAACAAGAAAAGAUCUUGAGGACUCGCAAAGUUGUGCGAAGUAUCACAAGGAGACGUCAAUAUGCUAAACUUUAUUACUGAUCACACAUACAAUCAGAGGUACAGAGUGUGAAUGACGUGUGCUCACAAUAUUUUAAGAUAUUUUAUAUAAUCCAGUGCUUCUAUUUCCUGUAAUUUUUCAGAUUUAUUUUUUAUGUCUCAAUUGUUACGUUUGUAUGAGUUUUAGUGUUUUUCAGUACAUAAUUUUAAAGUCCAAAUGAGAUUUAAUGUACAUACUUAUAAAUCAUUUGACAAAUCUAAAAUUGUCCUCCAAUUUUCCCAUCUAAUUAUGGACAAUUUAUUGUGAUAUGUUACCUGUGCCUGUACUGUACCUAUUACCUCGUGAGGUGUUGUCUAUCAAUGAAUCGUUUGACCUGAGCUGCUUUUAGAACUCACAGCUCUAAAUACAUAUUUAUGAGACGUACUAAUUGUUUGAUACCUGCUAGUCAUCUAAUGUAAAUCUCUGAUGUGGAAAGUUGAUUGAAGGUGGUGCUUUUGUUUCAAUUAUGACAAAUAAUUACUGGACCAAUUAAAUGUAGAAUUUAGGUAGCUCAAGCAAAGAUUAUGUUAAAACAAGAAUCAUUGCUUUUAUUGGUAUUAGUAUAUGUGAAAUGUUUGUAGUCUAUUUGAGUUCAACUCAUAAAUUAUGUAAGGACUGAUGUUAAAAAGACUGCAAGAUAUUUUUCCCUUUUUGAGUAGAUUCUGCAUAAUUUCUAAUUGAGUAAUGUUGGCUAAUGCUGAUGGUAAUAAUAAAAAUGUUAAAGAUUUUACAAGUCA